AUGAAAUACAGCGAGAUAUCCCACUUCAGCCACCCAGAGCACAAGCUCAGAUUCGAGUACUCAGAAAUCCCAUUCAAAUGCGAUGGUUGUAAGGAAGUCGGCAUAGGAUCACGAUACAAAUGUUCCAUCUGCGAUUAUGAUCUCCACGUCCAUUGCGCCGUACCUCCGCCGUCGAUCAGCCACCCGUUCUACAGGAAAUGUUCGUUCCAGUUCCUGAGCCGCCCGCCGGGGGAGAUGGCGCGUUACUGUAACGCGUGCGAGAAGGACGUGAGCGGAUUCGUGUACCACUGCGGAUCGUGCGGGUUCGAUCUUCACCCGUGCUGCGCGAAGCUGCCAAUGGUGCUGGACGACGGAGAAAUAAAGCUGUAUCUGUACAGGAAGGUGAGCUCGGCGUGCCAUCGGUGCGGGCGAAAGGGACGAAGCUGGAGUUACAGAUCGAAUUGCAAGAAGUACAAUCUACAUGUGGCGUGUGUGAGGGAGAUGCUGGUGGAGAGUUGGUAUGAGAUAUAUAUGGAAAGCAAUAAGGGGAAGGGAUCGGGGACGGCGAGGAUUCCGAGGCUGAAGAACACGCUUCAGAGCAGCCAUGGCAGUAGUGGAAGGAGUAAGGGGAAGGUAAAGAAGUGCUGUGAGAUCGCCGGUCUGGCAGUGCAGUUUGUGAUAUCGGCGGUGCUGGGAGAUCCGACAGUUCUCAUAGCUGGGGUUGUGGGAUCACUGAUGUCACGAGGUUGA